UAAAAGCUUAUUUUCUGGAUUACAGUUGUCUGCCCGUCAUUCCUGCACCGCAUCACUGCUACACCUGUUCCCCCUACCACCCACUUUGCCACACGUGGUGUCAGAAACGGGAUCAUGGACCGCAACGCGCUGGCGGAGCUGCUGCAGGCACUGGAGAGCAGACGGGACGCAGAGGAGAGAAGGAGGGAGGAGCGCUAUACAGCGCUCAUUGAACGGGUAGGACUGGCCGUGGCUGCAGUAGCGACCCCGACGACAAUACCGGUGAUGUCGCCCCCGAAGGCACGGGCGAUGAAGAUGUCGGCGGAGGAUGACCCGGAGGCGUACUUGGUGGCAUUCGAGCGGCUGGCUACCGCGGCGGCUUGGCCGCGGGAGUUCUGGGCCAGCCAGCUGGGACCCUGCCUGAUUGGGGAGGCUCAGGCAGCUUACCAGGCUAUGAGCGACCAGCACGCCACCGAGUAUGACCUAGUGAAGCAGGCUAUCCUCCGCCGGCUCAAUAUUACUACCGAGACCCACCGGGCGCGGUUUCGGGAGUACCGGAGAGCCCCGGAGACACGCCCCAGGGUGGUUGCGGAGAGGUUGUGCGACCACAUGGUGCAUUGGCUGACCCCCGGGAAGAAGACCGCCCAGCAGAUGGGGGAAGCCAUUGUGGUAGAACAGUUCUGCCAUGUGGUCGGCGCCGAAACCCAGGCGUGGAUACGGCGCCACAACCCCGACACCCUGGAGGAGGCGGUCAAAUUGGCCGAAGAUUUUGAGGACUCCCUGACCUCUGCCCAGAUUGGGAUCCUGUCCGCCCCUGCCCUUCGAAGCAGCCGCGCUCUCUCUCCCUCUCCUCCAACAUCAUCACCACCACCCCCCUCGUUCCAGGGACCCAGACCUCCCAGAGCACCGACCCCAUUGGGCCCCCUUGCCUCCCCCCCAUGGAGACCAAGGUUGGCCCCCAGCUGGGGUAGAGGUGCUGCCCCUGCCCCGUUGCCAUACCAGCAGCGGGACAGAUUUCUAACCCAUGCCCCCUCUGUCCCUCCUAUCUGUUUUAGGUGCCACCAGCCGGGACAUCUGGCCAGGUCAUGCCCCGCUGCCAUGGAGUGUGACGUGGCCGCGUGCAAUUGGGCACCUGAGACUGACAGCUAAACGCACAUCCGGAGCUGUCGCCUUGGGCCAGCACAAGCCGGAUCACCACUUCACGAACUGUCACGGAAUAAAGUAUAUUCACGCACCACCAUCACGACUGCACGCACCCGAGACGGGUGACCGUGUUUUUGUUUCCUUUAUCAGGACUGCAACCUGUGUUCUUCAGCCCCGAGCUUUACACAUCGUUGUGUAUUGCCGGGGCUUAUUAUUUGUGGUCACUAGACCAGGACGGAAAAUAAAAGCUUAUUUUCUGGA